AUGCAGAAGACGAAGGAUGCACUGAGGAAGGGUAUCAAGCCAGUCAUCGUUCCGACGCGCGAAGAAUACGAGGCCACCAAGAAACGCCUGGGAUACCAGGAGGGGUUGUUCCACUUCGCUGUCGCCGGGGUGUCCGGCAGCGGCAAAUCGUCGCUCAUCAACGCUUUCCGCUGCUUUAACAAUAACUCGAAAGACCCGCGCGUAGCAGCCACAGGUGUUGUUGAGACCACAAACGAGGUCACCCGCUACCCCGACCUCAAUCCAGCCAAUCCCUUCGUUUGGUAUGACGUUCCCGGCGCUGGAACGCUCAAAAUACCCGACUGGCAAUACUUCAACCAGCAAGGGAUGUAUAUCUUCGACUGCGUCGUUGUUCUGAUGGACAAUCGGUUCACUGAAACCGACGUCGCGAUCUUGAAAAAUUGCGCCCUGUUCCAGAUCCCUGCGUACAUCGUCCGUUCAAAAUCGCGACAGCACAUCCGAAACGUCAUCGAGGAUAUAGUGGGAGAAGACAGCCCAAUAAGCGAUGCAGUCCGCAAGGAGGCGCACGAGCGAUACGUUGAGCAGACAACCAAGACAGUCACCGAAAACCUGCGCGAGGCAAACUUGCCGGAACAGAGGGUUUAUAUGGUCGACAAAGCAGCCCUGGUCACCAUCGCAAAAGGAGAGAAGCCGGUAAGAUACAUCGACGAGCUUGAUCUCGUUUACGACUUGCUGCAAGAGGCAAGCAAGAGGAGGAUCAACACUUCAGCAUUUGACGGACUUUUCGCUGCCGGCGCUUAUGUAUCCUCUACAAUGUCGAGCCUCGCAAACACCCUGGGGGAGUCUUUGGCAGAUCCUGGUUUCACUGAUUCUUCGUCCGAGGCAUUCUUUAUGUCCGGAGGCGCCGCCUUCUAUUAGGCUGAAUAGUACAUAGUGUAGGUUUCAAAUCGAGUAUCGCAGUCAAUUCAGUGCAUGAGACUUUCCAUG